AUGCCCCCCAACGACGAUCUUUUUGUCUACGACCCAGCAAAUCUUGACGAUGACCAAGAGUAUGAAGAGAUGGAGCGAAUUGUGGGUCAACUGAUGAUUCAACAAGUCAAAAUGCAGAGAAAACGAAAGAGAGUUAUCGCAUCGAUGGAUGAGUUAGAAGCGUUGGAAAUCAGAGCGCGGUAUGAAACAAUGCGGGAAUAUCAUAGGAGAGUCAGAAUUGGUGACACGAUUACUCAGAUUUUGGCUUGCUCGGAAUUCAACCCCCAGAAUGCUCUGCCAGCAUCGAUGAACCUCCAAGAGCAAGUUUUCGGUUUUGGAUCGACUUUUCGGAAUCAACACGUGGCGGCAAGUGUUCCGGAAGCUCCGAGAUUUACGGAUCUAUCUGAUGUCCAACCGGCUGGCUUGAACCAUCUUCAAAUGAAUGUGUUUCAAAAUUGGACCCCAGAAUGUCCCUUCCAAUUCAAUCCAUAUGGGCAGUACUUGAACCAGGAUCAUUCACUCCCAUCAAGUUCCACGACGCCAAGUUCCCCCGCUUCUACUUCAGGAACGACCAUUCAGGAUCCACCUGCUGAACUAGAAACUUCGACUUCAGAAACGACAAUUCAGAAACCAGAAGGUCCACCAGUAGAAGAAAUAUUGGGAAUGGCAGGAUAUCACUCGUCGACGGCAAAUAAAAUAGCCGAGAUUUUCAAAGGAGAUUGGGUGUCGGCUAAAGAAUGGAGGUGGACACUUCCGAAGAAGUAUCAUGUGGGCCAGCAUGAUAUUCAUACCGUGUUUGAUAUUUUAAUGGGGAAUCUGGUCCUCGAAGUACCACUCGCAGGAUCCCAACUCGACUCGGUCUCCUAUAUCCAAAAGGAUUGCCAAGCCUGCCACCAGACUUCAAGAGAAAAUGAGAUUCAUCACUUCUCUACGCGUCUGGUGAUUCGAAACGGCCAAUUCCAAAAGAGCCUCCAGGACACUUUCGCGGCCCCGAGGAAAAUCUCAACUCCAUGCCCAAGUUGUGAAGCGAAGGAAGUAUUGAAAAUGAGGGACAUUGCCACUCAAAGUCCCUAUCUCGUCUUUGGCUUCGAUGCGACUCCGAUUAAGGACCUGGAUGAAGAUUCAGAGGUUCAGAUGUUUGGUUCCAAGUGGAAAAUCAGAUCGUUGGCGGAGCGGACUGGGGAGAAAUCCUCUAGCGGUCAUUAUAUGGCAUGGGUCAGAUCUGAGGAGGAUAGAUGGAUCCGAGUUAAUGAUGAUGCGAUGGAAAAAUUUGAAAAAUUGAAUUUGUCCCGCAUCAAUGUAAAAAUGCUUGUUUUUGAGAGGAUCUAA